UUCUUAUCGCGCUAAACAUCAAAAGCAUAAAUGGCUCGCAAAAGUCACACAUCUCCAUAAAACUAAGAUACUUUUCCUAUUAACUUGAAAGAUCUACAUUUCUUGAAGAACGUUAACUUAUACCACAAGCAACAACACGCAAAAAAAACAUUUAAACAAACAAACAGUAUUAAUUUGAAUGACCGUUGAAAAGCCUGCCACUCUUAUCCUCACUGGUAACCUCAACACGGGUACCCGGACUGUGUCUAAGGGUAGUGGGAUCCACAUCAAUGUCAAAGACAAGAAGACAGGAGCUGAAAGAACUAUCAUCGACGGUAUGACAGGUGCAGCCGUUGGUGCCUUGGGUUGGGGUGAUUCUGCCGUCAUUGACAUAAUCACUGAGGCAGCCAAGGAGACCGUUUACUCCUAUCCAGCUCUCUUUGGUAAUGAUUAUGCCCAACAAUUGGCUCAAUUUUACAUUGAUAACUCACCUCCAGGUGCAUUUGCUGCGGCCCUUUGGACUGGGUCUGGAUCUGAAUCUAACGAGAAUGCUCUAAAGAUUACUUACCAAUAUUGGAAGGAACAGGGUAAAUCUAAAAAGACAAAGUUUAUCUCUAGAAAAACUUCAUACCACGGAUAUACCAUUGGUGCUCUUUCAAUUGGUGACUCCGCUCGUGCUACCUAUUUUAGUGAUAUUCUUCUCAAGUCUGACCAAUGUAUCAAAAUGGACGAAUGCCAUCCAUACAGAUACAAGAAAGAUGACGAAAGUUUAGAAGAAUAUAAAAAUCGUCUUUUGGAUGAUCUUGAGAAGCUUAUUUUAGCCGAAGAUCCAGAAACUGUUGCUUCUAUUAUUGUUGAGACGUUACCUGGAUCUUCUCUUGGAACUUGUCCACCACCACCAGGUUACCUCCCAGGGAUCAGACGGUUAUGUGACAAAUAUGACAUUAUUUUCCAUUUAGAUGAAGUCAUGUGUGGAACAGGACGUUGCAACAAUGGUGGAUUGAACUGUUGGGAAAACUUUUUAGAGCCUGGUCAAGGUCCAGAUAUUCAAGUUGUUGGUAAGACCUUGGGAUCUGGAUACGUCACCAUUGCAGGUGUUUUGGUAUCUCCUAAAGUUAAACAAGUUUAUACCGAUAAGAAUGCCACUAUUAUGGGGGCUCAAACGUAUCAUGGACAUGGGUUCAACUGUUUAGUUGCUUUGAAAAUUCAAGAAAGAAUCAAGGAAUUAAACUUGACUGCAAAUAUGUUUAAGAUGGGAAACUAUAUGGGAGAGUUAGUUGGUCAAAAAUUACUUGGAAAGUCUAAGAUUACUGGUGAUGUUAGAGGUAUUGGAGGAUUUUGGUCCGUUGAAUUUGUCAAGAAUACCGAUACAAAGGAAGUUUUCGACGUAAAAUUGGACAUUGGACAUAGAAUUCAAGACGUUUGUAUCGAUAACGGUCUUACCGUUAUGGGAAUGCAAGGAAGUUUUAAAGGUACUGGUGACCAUAUUUUAAUUGCUCCUUCAUUCAUUGUUACCAAGGAGGACGUUGAGAAAAUAGCUGACAUUAUUGAAAAGUCCGUUUUGCAAGUAGAAAAGGCUUUGAUAGCCGAAGGAGAAUUAUAAGCGCUCAGAAUGUGAACUCACCCCUAUUUAGUACGGAAUUCUUUAUUAAGAAUAUAUAUAUAUAUAUAUAAUCUUAAAAGUGUCUUGAAUAAGCAUUAGUGCGUAGAGGAUUUAAGAUUUGCAGCAUUAAAUUGACUGUGAAGUAACAAUAACAAAAAAAGGAUAUUCAUUAAGAAUACCAGAUGUAUUCAAAUUUAGAGCAAAUUUGGCAUUCGUAGAUUCGGUGACAUCAAAAAGUGACACGAUACCAGCAUCAGUAGUUUUUGAUUUUCAUGGACAAGAAGAACAAAGCCACCCACCCACUCAUUGUAUUUGAAUGCUAAAAUUGAAAUGCGGGAAGAAAGGGGAAAAAAUGCAAAUGAAGACAGAGAAUUCUUCGUAGUAUACACUUUAUUAUUCUAUGAACCUUAGCCAAUGGCUACCUUCUGUAUAUUUAUGACAAAGGCUGAUUAAACAGUUGAAAUGGCCUGUUGUAAAGCCCGAAAAAUGCGAUACUCGGCUAAUUUCUAUUUUAAUGCGGCGCCA